UGAGUUUAAGACGAAAAAAAGCACAGCACCAAACAACUGUAGCAUAUAUUGAAUUGAGAAGUAAACCAUACGCUUGUGUUCAUUAAUUCACAUUCUCAUUUUCUUGAUUGUUUAUAUUUUCGAAAAGCGUAAAAAUGGUGAUCUUGAUAUAUUUUUAACAAAAACAUCACUCAAAAUGUGGGGUAAAGUUCUUCAUAAAAUCACGAGAAAAAAAACUAUCCAAGGCGAUGUUCUGGCCACAGAAUUACAUCGGUGUCUGAGCACUUUCGACUUAGUGGUCAUCGGUGUGUCGAACAUGAUGGGCAGCGGGAUCUACGUGCUCUCGGGCGUCAUAGCACACCACACUUCGGGUCCAGCUCUUCCGCUAUGCUUCUUAGUAGCCGCUAUCGCCAGUUCCAUGUCGGCGUCGUGUUACGCCGAGUUCGCGAGUCGUGUUCCGAAGGCUGGUUCUGCUUAUAUCUACACUUACAUUACAAUGGGCGAACUGGCGGCGUUUCUGAUUGGCUGGAAUGUUAUUCUCGAACAUAUCAUUGCAAUUGCUGCUCUUAGCCGAGGUUUGAUAGGCUAUUUGAACACUGCAACGCAUGAGUCUGUUUCGGAUACGCUUCAUGAGGUGUUCCGGGAGCACGACUGGGAUCCUUACGUCAUACCUAUCAUUCUGACAGCUGCACUCAUCGUAUGUUUAGGAGUAAAAAGUUCAGCUCUUUUCAACACAAUCCUGAGCACAAUUACAGUUAUCAUCGCGUCAUUUGUCGUCAUAAGCGGAACUAUUCUGGCAGAUUUCUCAAACUGGCACGAUUUUCUUCCCUAUGGCCCUUCGUCCAUUUUUGAAGGCGCGGCUCAAGCUUACUUUGCUUUUGUUGGCCUCGAUGUUGUAGCAACCGCAAGCGAGGAAGCUUUGAACCCUUUCAAGACGGUCCCCCGAGCAAUCGGCCUCUCGUUGCUUGUCGUCUCCGUUAUCUACAUACUUUCCUCUGCAGCUUUAACGCUCAUGGUUCCUUAUACGGAAAUUGUUGACGAUUCGGCUUUGUCGGCGGCGUUCGUUUAUCACGGUUGGAAAUGGGCCGAGUAUAUUAUUACGUUCGGAGCUCUUGCCGCUAUGACCGGGUCGCUUUUAGGCACCGUUUUUGCCGUAUCACGAUGCACUUACGCUCUUGCAGUGGACGGAACCCUUUUCAAGUUUCUUGCCAAGAUCAACUCAAAAACUCAGACUCCGAUCAUUGCAACUCUUGUUAUGACUUCAAUAGCAAUGAUCUUUGCGUUCUUUCUUCCUAUGGAAAUUUUAGCCGAACUGCUUUCAAUGGGGACACUACUAGCUUAUUUUGUAGUAGCUCUAGCGACCAUUAUGAUCAGAUACCACCCGUUAGACCUUAUUACAGGGUUACCAUUUGACACUCAGGAGCAAUCAGAAAAUGCGCGCCUGGUUAAGAGUUGCAAGUGGGAAAGAAACCAGACCAUUUCACUCUCGCUUUUCCUGGUUUUCGCCAUUUUGACCAAUCUGUUUCUGGCACUUGCAAAGCACAAUUCGAAUCGAGAUUACGCUUUCACGACUUACGUAAUUCUGAUAUGCGUAUUUUCACUUUUAAUGGCAGGUUCAAUCAUUUAUUUUUCGGUUGUAUCACAAGAAAACCCUUCGGAACCUGCAUACAAAGUACCAUUUAACCCGUUCAUGCCCGCAGCUUCAAUUUUUGUGAACUUUUACCUGAUUACUCAUUUAAAGCUUAUAACUUGGGUCCUAAUUUUUGGCUGGGUUAUAGUUGGAUUGGUGGUUUACGCUACUUAUGGAAAUUUCCACAGUGUUUUGGAAGAUACGCAGCCUUCAGAUCCGACAACAAAGAAAGAAGAAAAAGUUAAUUAAUUCAAAACUAAUGCUAUCAAUGACGGUGUAAAAAUCAGAUUUUAAAUAAAGUUUUAGCCAUAAUUCAAAUAUCUUCUAUCUUU